AUGGAGGAUGAAGCACCUUACAUCACGCGAUUGGCUUUGCCGCCCGACUACGACAACGUCGUCGAAUUCAUGUGCGAAGUAUACUACAAACACGACCCAGCAAUCCAGAACAUUGGACUAUCCGGCACAGAGGCGCCUCUAAUUUGGAGGAAAAUGAUGGACGAUCAAGUGAAACAGGGAUUGUCGAUCAUCGCGGAAAAUCGUGAACACUGCAUCAUCGGCGCCGCCCUAAAUUGCCCGGUGACCAAACAAGAGAUACAAAUGUUCUACGAUUUAGCGAAAUGCUGCGAAUGCGGUACUCUUCAGAAGGUAAUCCAGUUCUAUGGUUACGUGGCCGAGGCCGCAAGGGUCUGGGAUCGUUUCUGUGUCCACACCGUCUUCGAACAAGCCACUUUAAUCGUCAACGAAGAGUACCGAGGUAUGGGCAUCGCUAAAAGACUCGUACAAGAAAGUUGGAUACUGGCACGCGAUUGUGGAUAUCGAUUGUUUCGGAUGGACUGCCUUAGCAGUUUCGGCGCGAGAAUAUGCGAAGGUUUCGGAUGGGAAGAAGUUUGGAGAAUGCCAUAUAGCGGGUACGUGAGCAACUGCGAGAUAGUUUUCAAAUACGUGAAAGAACCACACACUCAGUGCCGAGUAUUCGUGGAUCACCUGCAACGCUGCAAGACUUAUUGUCCACCGUACAAAAAGUGUCAAAAGGUCACCCGUACGCCUGCCUGA